GGCACUUCCGGGUUGUCGCCAGUUGAUGACGUCACGCAGCUUGGUUUUUAACUCUUGAGAGUCUCCCCUGCGUGUGAAGGAGAAGGGAAGUUGGGUGAAGAUGCUGCAGCGCUGGGGGGGUAGGGUGGCCUCACUGUGCCAGGCGGUAUCAGGCUAUAGGGUGCCACCCUGUGGGUGCCAGGCGGUAUCAGGCUAUAGGGUGCCACCCUGUGGGUGCCAGGCAUUACUGACAUGCAGGCACCAUACUUGCCCCCCAGGAGCUGGGCACCCCAAGGGUAACACUGACAGCCCAGGAGAUGGGCCAAUGGACACUCCCCCAGGGUUGGAUACUUCCCCUCCCAGUGACCAGCCCAGGUUUGUGGGAGGCAGCAGGGCAUGGGGGCGCUCACUGUCCCCCCUACACAGGCUCAGCCAGAUGCUCCCUCCCCAGUUUCUCUCACCAGAAAUCCAGGAUCUGAGAAGUGCAGAAAGUGAGGAGCCUUUAUUAACCCACUCACCGCCGGAGGGCAGCUCUGGGCUUGACUCGCAGCCUGAUGGCCCCCCUGCCCCCCUCGGCACGGCGUUUGCGCCGGGGGAUUUGGUCAUCGCUGAGUUCAAGAGGCGACAUUACACCGAAUUCAAAAAAAUGUUCAGUCUCACAGAUUCCGGCAAACUGAACAGCAACUGGGGGGUCGUCGGCCACAUGGAGAUCGUGGGCAAACUGCCCGGGCAGAGGCUGAGGACUUCCCGUGGCUUUGAGUUCCUGCUCAAAAGGCCGUCCCUGGAGGAAUACAUCCUGCUAAUGAAGAGGGGCCCCACUAUCUCCUAUCCAAAGGAUAUCGCAGCAAUGCUGAUGAUGAUGGAUGUAAGCCCUGGGGAUGUCGUGUUAGAAGCCGGUUCUGGUUCUGGAGGAAUGACUUUGUUCUUAUCAAGAGCAGUGGGCUUGGAGGGCCGUGUUUACAGCUUUGAGGUGCGGGCAGACCACCAUGCCAUAGCAAAAAAGAACGUCAGUAAGUGGAGGAGUGCGUGGGACGUACGGAGCAGGAACCCAUGGCCGGAGAAUGUACAUUUUAUCAACCAGGACCUCUCGGCCGCUCUGCCCACCAUGGGCUCUGUGGCCUUUGAUGCAGCGGCCUUGGACAUGCUGAACCCCCAGGUGGCAUUACCUGCAAUACUGACCUGUCUGAAACAGGGGGGUGUCUGUGCUGUGUAUGUAGCAAACAUCACACAAGUCAUUGAUCUGCUUGAAGGGAUCCGCUCCUGCCGGCUGCCGCUCCUAUGUGAGAAGAUACAGGAGAUGUCAGUGAAGGACUGGCUGGUCGCUCCGUCUGUACGGAAGGACGGGACUGUAUCCCAGCGAGUGGAACCUCAGGGGAAUACGGAGUCGGAACUGGAAGGAAAUGGCGCAGACCCCCAGUCUGACACCGAGAUGCUUUCUAAUGCUGUAAAGCCCUUCGGACAAGUGCCAUAUAUUGCUCGCCCGUUGCCAUGGCAAGCAGGUCAUACAGCGUUUCUCGUUCAGCUGAGGAAGAUCAGAGCAGCCCCGACCCGCACAGAACCCGAGGAGUCCAGUUAAUGGCAAUAAGAAAAUGGUUUUGUAUAUACUUUGAACAUAUUUAAUCCUCUGUAAUAAACAUCAGUUGGAGAGAAUUGUA